CGCUAGGUGGCUAGAAAACACUCGUGCGAUCUGCUAUUUUACAUUUUGCAGCUGUUGCCGAAGGAACGUUAUUUACUUAUUUUUUUAUAAUAUCGAUCAGAUACGAUGUUAUCCGAAGAAGAAGAGAGUUCUUUGGAAACUGAAAUUGAAGCAUUGAAAUCAAUUUAUAUUCAUGAACUGGAGGUUAAUUACAAUGAACAAGACAGACCAGAUUCCAUCAAAGUUCAGCUCUAUCCAGCAACAGCAGAUAAUGUCACUGAGCAAUAUGUGAAGUUAUUGUUGGUAUUAAAACUUCAUUUACAGUAUCCACAUUACGUGCCAGAAGUUUUAAUUCAAAACACCAGAGGAUUAUCAGAUGAAGAAAUUGAGAGUAUUCACAAUUCACUUAGUAGCCUUGCUGCAGAAAGGAAAGGCACUCCGAUGCUAUUUGAAUUAAUUGAGACUGCUAAAGAAAUCUUGACCAAAGCAAAUACUCCCAGUUGUCAGUGUGCAAUUUGUCUUUAUGGUUUUGCAGAAGGCGACGACUUAAUUAAAACAGAAUGCUUUCAUUAUUUUCAUUCUCACUGUCUUGCCCGAUACGUCCUACACGUUGGAGAAUCUUUUAAAGAAAUGGAAAGCGUAUCUUCACACCAGACAGAAGAUAUUCCUAAGGUCGUCUGUCCAGUUUGUCGUCUUCCGAUAUCGUUUUCUCCCGGAGACAAAAACUAUCCUCCUCCCUUGGAAAGUGAAAAAGAUAAGAUAAAAAUUUCUGCAGAAGUGAGAGCCUUACAGAGAAAAAUGCAGAGGCUAUAUAAUGUACAGAAGAAGAAGGGUGGUAUUAUAGAUAUUGAAGCAGAGAGAAAUAAAUACCUCCUUGAAAUAUCAAAUACGCCGGACGUAAGUUUUACGGCAGAAGGCGCUUCGACUAGCGAAAUUAAAAGUGUUACGGGCUGGUCGGAAGAGGGGAAAGAGAGGGAAGCAAAGCCAGAGUUUAAAAUAUUAGACGACGGCGGCAAUUAUCCGAGUCCUUACAGAAGAUAUCGUCGAUGCAGAAACUCCAGACAAUCCGAGAGACACAGAAAGGAAGAGACUAACGGAACCGAAAGUAAUUCUUCGUUUUCCAGAGACGAAAGCUCAAACAGUUCGCUGGAAUGUAAGAACCGUUUCAAAGUCGGCAGCGACACCGACAACGUCGAAGAUCCCGACGAGUGUCGUCCGGUUAGAAGACGCAACUCCUUUCAAACGUCACGCGCGGACAGAAGGGACUUUCAUUCCCGGCGAGUGUCCGGAGAAUCGGAAAACGACAGUAGAUUUCGCAGAUACACAGAGAAAAGGAAUAGGAAAGAAACUUACGGCGGCGGCUCCUGUCGUAAAGGUAAUCAAAGUAGAAGGUCGAGUAAUAGGGGAGGUAGGGAAUCCUCCAGUAGCCAGGUCGGAGCACCCACCCUAACCUCGGCAGAAAACGGAGAGACGGACGGUCCGGUCGACGUGGUACGCGGAGACGGGCGCGACUAUUCCAGAACCUAUCAGUAUACUAAAAGUUAUUACAGGAACAAAAGUAACCUUCGUUAUAAUUCCAAGAGGAAUCCCAGGGAGUCGGAAGACGUGGAGGCGCGCAGCUGACAGCGAUUUACUGUUACCGUCUACGCGGCGAGGAUAAAGUCUGGUAAAUUCCCAGUUAGAAUUUUGUUUAAGUCUGUCGCACUUUUUCGGUCUUGACGGUUUAUAAAUUAGGGAAGGAAUAAAUUUAUUGCGUAUGUAUAUAUAUUUAUAUAUUAAGGUCGUUUGGAAAAUGGAGCUGUAGAAAUUUGGAAGAACUUUACGACAGUCGGAAUUAACGUAAUAGAAGGAAUAUUCAUGGAUCGGGCGUUUGAAAUGUCAUUCCAAUUAAACUAUGAAAAUAAACGGAAAUUAUUGCCGGUGGCGAGAA